GCGGGCCGGGAGCAGGGAGAGAUGCGGGGCCCGGCUGCCAGCGCCCCCCUCCCGCCGCUGCCGCUGCCGCCGCCGCCGCCGCCGCUGCCGCUGUUGCUGCUGCUGUUGCUGCUGCUGCCGCCGCCACUGCUGGGAAACCAAGUAGGGCCUUGUCGUUCCUUGGGAACCGGGGGACACGGCUCUUCGGGGGGCUGUGCCCCUGUGGGUUGGCUCUGUCCUGCCUCAGCUUCGAACCUCUGGCUCUACACCAGUCGCUGCAAGGAUGCGGGCACAGAGCUGACUGGCCACCUAGUGCCACACCACGAUGGCUUGCGGGCCUGGUGUCCUGAAUCCGGGGCCCAUAUUCCCCUUCCACCUGCCCCCGAAGGCUGCCCCUGGAGCUGUCGCCUCCUGGGCAUUGGAGGCCACCUUUCCCCACAGGGAAAACUGACCCUGCCCCAGGAGCAUCCUUGCUUAAAAGCCCCACAGCUGAGAUGCCAGUCCUGUAAGCUGGCACAGGUCCCUGGGCUCAGUGCAGGGGAAGGGUCACCAGAGGAGCCUGUAGGUGGGCGUCGGAAAAGAAACGUGAAUACAGCCCCUCAGUUCCAGCCUCCCAGCUAUCAGGCCACUGUGCCUGAGAACCAGCCAGCAGGCUCCUCUGUGGCAUCCCUGAGGGCCAUUGAUCCAGAUGAGGGUGAGGCUGGCCGGCUUGAGUAUACCAUGGAUGCCCUCUUUGAUAGCCGCUCCAACCAUUUCUUCUCCUUGGACCCAAUCACUGGUGUUGUCACUACAGCUGAAGAGCUGGAUCGGGAGACCAAGAGCACCCAUGUGUUCAGAGUCACCGCGCAGGAUCACGGUGUGCCACGCCGGAGUGCGCUGGCCACACUCACCAUCUUAGUCACUGAUACCAAUGAUCAUGACCCCGUUUUCGAGCAGCAGGAAUAUAAGGAGAGCCUCAGAGAGAACCUGGAGGUUGGCUAUGAGGUGCUCACUGUCAGGGCCACAGAUGGUGAUGCUCCUCCCAAUGCUAAUAUUCUGUACCGCCUGCUGGAGGGGUCUGGGGGUGGCCCCUCAGAAGUCUUUGAGAUUGACCCCCGUUCGGGGGUGAUCCGGACCCGUGGCCCCGUGGAUCGGGAAGAAGUGGAAUCAUACAAGUUAAUAGUGGAAGCAAGUGACCAGGGUAGGGACCCAGGUCCACGGAGUGCCACAGCCGCUGUUUUCCUGUCUGUGGAGGAUGACAAUGACAAUGCUCCGCAGUUUAGUGAGAAGCGUUAUGUGGUCCAGGUGCGGGAGGAUGUGACCCCAGGUGCCCCAGUACUUCGAAUUACAGCCACAGAUCGUGACAAGGGUAGCAAUGCCCUGGUGCACUACAGCAUCAUGAGCGGCAAUGCUCGGGGACAGUUUUACCUGGACGCUCAGACUGGGGCCCUGGACGUGGUGAGCCCUCUUGACUACGAGACGACCAAAGAGUACACAUUGCGGGUCCGGGCGCAGGAUGGUGGCCGGCCCCCGCUCUCCAAUGUCUCUGGCCUGGUAACUGUGCAGGUCCUGGAUAUCAAUGAUAAUGCUCCCAUCUUUGUCAGCACCCCCUUCCAGGCCACUGUCCUGGAGAGUGUCCCCUUGGGCUACCUGGUUCUCCACGUCCAGGCUAUUGAUGCUGAUGCCGGUGACAACGCCCGCCUGGAAUAUCGCCUCGCUGGUGUUGGGCAUGAUUUCCCCUUUACCAUCAACAAUGGCACAGGCUGGAUCUCUGUGGCUGCUGAGCUGGACCGGGAGGAGGUUGAUUUCUACAGCUUUGGGGUAGAAGCCCGAGACCAUGGUGCCCCGCCACUCACUGCCUCAGCCAGUGUCAGCGUGACCAUCUUAGAUGUCAACGACAACAACCCAACCUUCACCCAGCCAGAGUACACGGUGCGGCUCAAUGAGGAUGCAGCCGUGGGCACUAGUGUGGUGACAGUGUCGGCCGUGGACCGCGAUGCCCAUAGUGUGAUCACUUAUCAGAUCACUAGUGGCAACACCCGCAACCGCUUCUCCAUCACCAGCCAGAGUGGCGGUGGGCUGGUGUCCCUUGCCUUGCCACUGGACUACAAACUGGAGCGGCAGUAUGUGCUGGCUGUCACUGCCUCUGACGGCACAAGGCAGGACACAGCGCAAGUUGUGGUGAAUGUUACUGAUGCCAACACGCACCGUCCCGUCUUUCAGAGCUCCCACUAUACAGUGAACGUUAAUGAGGACCGGCCACCCGGCACCACUGUGGUGCUGAUCAGUGCUACGGACGAGGACACAGGCGAGAAUGCCCGGAUUACCUAUUUUAUGGAGGACAGUAUCCCCCAGUUCCGCAUUGAUGCUGACACGGGGGCUGUCACAACCCAAGCUGAGUUGGACUAUGAAGACCAGGUGUCUUACACGCUGGCCAUCACUGCACGGGACAAUGGCAUUCCCCAAAAAUCUGACACCACCUACCUGGAAAUCCUAGUGAAUGAUGUGAAUGACAAUGCCCCUCAGUUUCUGCGGGAUUCCUACCAGGGCAGUGUCUACGAAGACGUGCCUCCUUUCACCAGUGUCUUGCAGAUUUCAGCCACUGAUCGUGACUCUGGCCUGAACGGCCGAGUCUUCUAUACCUUCCAAGGAGGUGACGACGGAGAUGGUGACUUUAUCGUGGAAUCCACGUCAGGCAUCGUGCGGACGCUGCGGAGGCUGGAUCGUGAGAAUGUAGCCCAGUACAUCUUGCGAGCGUAUGCAGUGGACAAGGGGAUGCCCCCAGCCCGCACACCCAUGGAAGUGACCGUCACUGUGUUGGACGUGAAUGACAACCCGCCUGUCUUUGAGCAGGAUGAGUUUGAUGUGUUUGUGGAGGAAAACAGCCCCAUAGGGCUGGCUGUGGCCCGGGUCACAGCCACUGACCCUGACGAAGGCACCAACGCCCAGAUCAUGUACCAGAUUGUGGAGGGCAACAUCCCUGAGGUCUUCCAGCUGGACAUCUUCUCUGGGGAGCUGACUGCCCUGGUGGACUUGGACUAUGAGGACCGGCCUGAGUACAUUCUUGUCAUCCAGGCUACGUCAGCUCCCCUGGUGAGCAGGGCUACUGUCCACGUCCGCCUCCUUGACCGCAAUGACAACCCACCAGUGCUGGGCAACUUCGAGAUCCUUUUCAACAACUAUGUCACCAACCGCUCCAGCAGCUUUCCUGGGGGUGCCAUCGGCCGCGUACCUGCCCAUGACCCUGAUAUCUCAGAUAGCUUGACUUACAGCUUUGAGCGGGGAAAUGAACUCAGCUUGGUCCUGCUCAAUGGGUCCACGGGAGAGCUGAGGCUGAGCCGGGCACUGGACAACAACCGGCCCCUGGAGGCCAUCAUGAGUGUGCUUGUGUCAGAUGGCGUGCACAGCGUGACCGCCCAGUGCGCGCUGCGUGUCACCAUCAUCACGGAUGAGAUGCUCACGCACAGCAUCACGCUGCGCCUGCAGGACAUGUCCCCCGAGCGCUUCCUGUCGCCCCUGCUCGGGCUCUUCAUCCAGGCGGUGGCGGCCACACUGGCCACACCACCAGACCACGUGGUGGUCUUCAACGUGCAGCGGGACACGGACGCGCCUGGCGGCCACAUCCUCAACGUGAGCUUGUCGGUGGGCAGGCCACCAGGCCCAGGCGGAGGGCCACCCUUCCUGCCCUCGGAGGACCUGCAGGAGCGCCUGUACCUCAACCGCAGCCUGCUGACAGCCAUCUCGGCGCAGCGCGUGCUGCCCUUUGACGACAACAUCUGCCUGCGUGAGCCCUGCGAGAACUACAUGCGCUGUGUUUCGGUGCUGCGCUUUGACUCCUCCGCGCCCUUCAUCGCGUCCUCCUCUGUGCUUUUCCGGCCCAUCCACCCUGUUGGGGGUCUGCGCUGCCGCUGCCCACCUGGCUUCACCGGCGACUACUGCGAGACCGAGGUGGAUCUGUGCUACUCUAGGCCCUGUGGGCCCCAUGGGCGCUGCCGCAGCAGGGAAGGCGGCUACACCUGCCUCUGCCGGGAUGGCUACACGGGUGAGCACUGUGAGGUGAGUGCCCGUUCUGGCCGUUGCACCCCGGGUGUGUGCAGGAACGGGGGCACCUGUGUCAACCUGCUGGUAGGUGGUUUCAAGUGUGACUGCCCAUCUGGGGACUUCGAAAAGCCCUACUGCCAAGUGACCACACGCAGCUUCCCUGCCCGGUCCUUCAUCACCUUCCGCGGCCUGCGCCAGCGCUUCCACUUCACCCUGGCCCUCUCUUUCGCCACCAAGGAGCGCAACGGGCUGCUGUUAUACAACGGGCGCUUCAAUGAAAAACAUGACUUCGUGGCCCUCGAGGUGAUUCAGGAACAGGUCCAGCUCACCUUCUCGGCAGGAGAGUCGACUACCACUGUGUCCCCAUUUGUGCCCGGAGGUGUCAGUGACGGCCAGUGGCACACGGUGCAGCUGAAAUACUACAAUAAGCCACUUUUGGGCCAGACAGGACUCCCACAGGGCCCAUCUGAGCAGAAGGUGGCUGUGGUGACUGUGGAUGGCUGUGACACAGGGGUGGCUCUGCGCUUCGGAGCUGUGCUGGGCAACUAUUCAUGUGCUGCCCAGGGUACCCAGGGUGGCAGCAAGAAAUCUCUGGAUCUGACAGGGCCCCUGCUGCUGGGUGGGGUGCCUGACCUGCCCGAGAACUUCCCUGUUCGAAUGCGGCACUUUGUGGGCUGCAUGAGGAACCUGCAGGUGGACAGCAGGCACGUGGACAUGGCCGACUUCAUCGCUAACAAUGGCACUGUGCCUGGCUGCCCCACCAAGAAGAACGUGUGUGACAGCAGCACCUGCCACAAUGGGGGCACUUGCGUGAACCAGUGGGAUGCCUUCAGCUGCGAGUGCCCCCUGGGCUUUGGUGGCAAGAGUUGUGCUGAGGAAAUGGCCAACCCUCAGCACUUCCUGGGCAGCAGCCUGGUGGCCUGGCAUGGCCUCUCCCUACCCAUCUCUCAGCCCUGGCACCUCAGCCUCAUGUUCCGCACGCGCCAGGCCAGCGGGGUCCUGCUGCAGGCUGUCACCAGAGGGCGCAGCACCAUCACCCUCCAGCUCCGGGAGGGCCACGUGGUGCUCAGUGUGGAGGGCACAGGGCUGCAGGCCUCGACCCUCCGUCUGGAGCCAGGCCGGGCCAACGACGGGGACUGGCAUCAUGCACAGCUGGCACUGGGCGCCAGUGGGGGCCCUGGCCAUGCUGUCCUGUCCUUUGACUAUGGGCAGCAGAGGGCGGAGGGCAACCUGGGCCCCCGGCUACAUGGGCUGCAUCUGAGCAACAUUACAGUUGGGGGAGUCCCGGGGCCGGCUGGUGGCGUGGCCCGCGGCUUCCGGGGCUGCUUGCAGGGUGUGCGGGUAAGCGAGACACCUGAGGGUGCUAGCAGUCUGGAUCCCAGCCGAGGGGAGAGCACCAAUGUGGAGACAGGCUGUAGCUUGCCGGACCCGUGUGACUCCAACCCAUGUCCUGCCAACAGCUACUGCAGCAAUGACUGGGAUAGCUAUUCUUGCAGCUGUGAUCCGGGUUACUAUGGUGACAACUGCACUAAUGUGUGUGACCUGAACCCAUGUGAACACCAGUCUGUGUGCACCCGCAAGGCCAGUGUUCCCUAUGGCUACAUCUGCGAGUGUCCCCCAAAUUACCUUGGGCCAUACUGUGAGACCAGGAUUGACCAACCUUGUCCCCGCGGCUGGUGGGGACACCCCACCUGUGGCCCAUGCAGCUGUGACGCCAGCAAAGGCUUUGACCCAGACUGCAACAAGACGAGCGGCGAGUGCCGCUGCAAGGAGAACCACUACCGGCCCACUGGCAGCUCCACUUGCCUCCUAUGUGACUGCUACCCCACAGGCUCUUUGUCCCGAGUCUGUGAUCCUGAAGAUGGUCAGUGUCCCUGUAAGCCUGGUGUCAUCGGACGCCAGUGUGACCGCUGUGACAACCCAUUUGCUGAGGUCACCACCAAUGGCUGUGAAGUGAACUAUGACAGCUGCCCACGUGCCAUUGAGGCUGGGAUUUGGUGGCCCCGUACGCGCUUUGGUUUGCCUGCUGCUGCCCCCUGCCCCAAAGGCUCCUUUGGGACCGCCGUGCGCCACUGUGAUGAGCACAGGGGAUGGCUGCCCCCAAACCUCUUCAACUGCACAUCAGUCACGUUCUCGGAGCUGAAGGGCUUUGCUGAACGGCUACAGCAGAAUGAGUCAGGCCUGGACUCGGGCCGCUCCCAGCGGCUGGCCUUGCUCUUGCGUAAUGCCACGCAGCACACAGCUGGCUACUUUGGCAGCGACGUAAAAGUGGCCUACCAACUGGCCACGCGACUGCUGGCCCAUGAGAGCGCCCAGCGGGGCUUUGGGCUGUCAGCCACACAGGACGUGCACUUCACAGAGAAUCUGUUGCGAGUGGGCAGUGCCCUCCUGGAUGCAGCCAACAAGCGGCACUGGGAGCUGAUCCAGCAGACGGAGGGUGGCACCGCCUGGCUGCUCCAGCACUAUGAGGCCUACGCCAGUGCCCUGGCCCAGAACAUGCGGCACACUUACCUAAGCCCCUUCACCAUUGUCACGCCCAACAUCGUUAUCUCUGUGGUGCGCUUGGACAAAGGAAACUUUGCUGGGGCCAAGCUGCCCCGCUAUGAGGCCCUGCGUGGGGAGCGGCCCCCAGACCUUGAGACAAUGGUCAUCCUGCCUGAGUCUGUUUUCAGAGAGAUGCCCUCAAUGGUCAGGCCCGCGGGCCCCGGGGAGGCUCAGGAGUCUGAGGAGCUGGCGCGGCGGCAGCGGCGACACCCAGAGCUAAACCAGGGAGAGGCUGUGGCCAGUGUCAUCAUCUACCGCACCCUGGCCGGGCUACUGCCGCACAACUAUGACCCUGAUAAGCGCAGUCUGAGAGUCCCCAAGCGCCCGGUCAUCAACACACCAGUGGUGAGCAUCAGUGUGCACGAUGACGAGGAGCUGCUGCCGCGCGCCCUGGACAAGCCGGUCACUGUGCAGUUCCGGCUGCUGGAGACGGAGGAGCGAACCAAGCCCAUCUGUGUCUUCUGGAACCACUCGAUCCUGGUUAGUGGCACAGGUGGCUGGUCAGCCCGAGGCUGUGAGGUCGUCUUCCGCAACGAGAGCCACGUCAGCUGCCAGUGCAACCACAUGACGAGCUUCGCUGUGCUCAUGGACGUGUCCCGGCGGGAGAACGGGGAGAUCCUGCCACUGAAGACACUGACAUAUGUGGCCCUCGGGGUCACCUUGGCUGCCCUGGUCCUCACCUUUCUCUUCCUUGCUCUCCUUCGUGCCCUGCGAUCCAACCAGCAUGGUAUCCGCCGCAACCUGACAGCUGCCCUGGGCCUGGCCCAGCUGGUCUUCCUCCUGGGAAUCAACCAGGCUGACCUCCCUUUUGCUUGCACAGUCAUCGCCAUCCUGCUGCACUUCCUGUACCUCUGCACCUUCUCCUGGGCUCUGCUGGAGGCCUUACACCUGUACCGGGCCCUCACAGAGGUGCGCGACGUCAAUGCUGGCCCCAUGCGCUUCUACUACAUGCUGGGCUGGGGCGUGCCUGCCUUCAUCACAGGACUAGCUGUGGGUUUGGACCCCGAGGGUUAUGGUAACCCCGACUUUUGCUGGUUGUCCAUCUACGAUACACUCAUCUGGAGCUUUGCUGGCCCAGUGGCUUUUGCUGUCUCAAUGAGUGUCUUCCUGUAUAUUUUGGCGGCCCGGGCCUCCUGUGCUGCCCAGAGGCAGGGCUUUGAGAAGAAAGGCCCUGUCUCGGGCCUGCAGCCCUCCUUUCUUGUGCUCCUGCUGCUGAGCGCCGCGUGGCUGCUGGCACUGCUGUCUGUCAAUAGCGACACUCUCCUCUUCCACUACCUCUUUGCUGCCUGCAAUUGUGUCCAGGGCCCCUUCAUCUUCCUGGCCUACGUGGUGCUCAGCAAGGAGGUCCGGAAGGCUCUCAAGUUUGCCUGUAGCCGCAAGCCCAGCCCUGAUCCUGCUCUGACCACCAAGUCCACCCUGACCUCGUCCUACAACUGCCCUAGCCCCUAUGUAGAUGGGCGGCUGUACCAGCCCUACGGAGACUCGGCCGGCUCUCUGCACAGUGCCAGCCGCUCAGGCAAGAGCCAGCCCAGCUACAUCCCAUUCUUGCUGAGGGAGGAGUCCACCCUGAACCCUGGCCAAGGGCCCCCGGGCCUGGGAGACACUGGUGGCCUGUUCCUAGAUGGACAAGACCAGCAGCACGAUCCUGACACGGACUCUGACAGUGACCUGUCCCUGGAAGACGACCAGAGUGGCUCCUAUGCCUCUACCCACUCGUCAGACAGCGAGGAGGAGGAAGAGGAGGAGGAGGAGGCUGCCUUCCCUGGCGAGCAGGGCUGGGACAGCCUGCUGGGGCCUGGAGCGGAGAGACUGGCCCUGCACAGCACCCCCAAGGAUGGAGCUCCAGGGCCUGGGAAGGUCCCCUGGCCAGGAGACCUUGGGACCACAGCCAAGGAGAAUGGUGGGAGCGGGCCCCCUGAGGAGCGGCCUAGGGAGAAUGGAGAGGCCGUGUCUAGGGACGGGGCCCUGGGCCCCCUCCCCGGCCCCUCUGCCCCCCCUCACAAAGGCAUCCUCAAGAAGAAGUGUCUGCCCACCAUCAGCGAGAAGAGCAGCCUCCUGCGACUGCCCCUGGAGCAGGGCACCGGCUCGUCCCUGGGCUCCUCGGCCAGUGAAGGUAGCCGGGCUGUGCCUCCCCCGCGCCCUCCGCCCCGGCAGAGCCUCCAGGAGCAGCUGAACGGAGUCAUGCCCAUUGCCAUGAGCAUCAAGGCGGGCACCGUGGACGAGGACUCCUCGGGCUCCGAGUGAGUGGGGCCGGGUGGGUGGGACAGGGUGCUGCCUGCAGAGGUCCUGGCUGGGGCCGAGCUGUCCCGGGCCCCAGUCAGCAGUCAGGACAGCCAGGCUUGUGCCCAGCCCACCUGGGGGUGGGCCAAGCUGCGCGGGCUGUGUACAUUAGAGCCCAGCUCUGGACAUGGAUAUCGGGCGAGGCAGGGGGCUGGGGAGCUGGGGCUGCUUUCCUGUCUCCUUCUGCUGGUGAAAGCUUUCGCUGUCUCCUCCAUUCCAGCUAACCUCUGUCUGCCUUUUCUGCCACUCUCCUUUCCUGCCUCUCCAGAUUUCUCUUCUUUAACUUCCUGCAUUAACCCUGGGCCGGUGUUCCUGCGUCCCGAGGCUCCCUCCCCUUCCCGGCUGCGCUCAUGCCCCUACUCCUGUCUUGUGCUUUGCCCUGCCCCCGCUCCCUGUGCCGCCGCCUGCCUGCCGCAGCAGCGACGAGACAUCCAUCUGAGGAGCCUGGGCCUUGCACCCAAGGCCACCUAGUGCCAACCCCUCCCUGCCAUGGCCCUCACUGCACUUUGGACCCCUGGGGCCAACAUCUCCAAGACAAAGUUUUUCAGAAAAGAGGAAAAAAGGAAUUUAAAAAGGAUCUCCACUCUUCAUGACUUCAGGGAUUAAUUUUUUUAUACGCUGGAAACCGCCUCCCUUUUCCCUUCCCAAAGAGGAUAGGACCUCCCCGGACGCCCCCGGCCUCUCCUCAGUUUCCCAUCUGCUGUGCCUCUGGGAGGAGAGGGACUCUUAGGGCGCCUGCCCCUCGUUUGCCAUCACCAAAUGGAAAGGACAAAGCCACACACACCCCAGGGCGCCAGACCUUGCAGGCUGUGCCGGGCAGGCUUCAGUGGGCGAGGGAUCGGGCAAAGGGCACACUUCGCCUGCCAGUGCCACCCCUCCCAGGAACUGCAAAGCCCUGUCUGGCCAGGGGCAGAAGGAUUCAUCACCCCUGGACCCCCAGAUGCUGCAUGAACAUGUUUUAAGGGGGCCAGCGGCCCCAGCCCCUCUCCUUUCCCUGGACUGCGGCCCUGUGCUGCAGCCCGGGUGUCUGCUCAGUUUGCUAACCCCAAGUGCUGCAUUUUCCUGCUGACUGGCUCCUGGGGAGGCCCGUGAGUGUUGGGUCGUGCUACUUGCUGUCGGGAGGGUGGGUGGAAGGGCGGAAGGGCGGGGACAAAGUGAAAGCACAGAGCCCUGAGGGGCCUCGAGCACAGGUUUCAGUUCUGGGUUCUGGUCCACUCACCCACCCACGCCUCCCAAAUCAGACAAAUGCCACUUUGUCUGACCUGCUGUGGCCUCUGAGACAUGUUCUGUUUUUAACCCCUUGUAAUUGGCUCUCUUCUUCAAAGGACCAGGUCUUCUCUUCGCCCCUCACUCCACCCCAGCUCCCUGUGAAGAGAGAGUUAAUAUAUAUUUUUUAUUUAUUUGCCUUUUGUGUUGGGAUGGGCUCCUGUGCAACCCCAGGGCCCGGUGUGGCCAUCGCAGGCUGGGUGUGCCCCCAGCAGCCUGGCCUGGAGGCCCCGUACUCUCAGCCCCAUUCCAUUUCCCUCCCGGUUUUGCUGACCACUAUUUUUUUGAGUCACCUUUUGCUCUAAGCAUGUAUUCCAGACUUUGUCACUGACUUUCCUUAUAGCAUGUGGCUAGAAAGAGGCCACAGGCAGGAAAACGUUCCGCUGCAUUUGGAAGGCCAGCUUCUGGCUUUUCUGCUGUGGCGUCUCCCCCUGCCCUCUCCCAUCUCCCCUCAGCAAUUCCUGCAAAGGGUCAAAAUUUUAACUGGUUUUUACUACUGAUGACUUGAUUUAAAAAACAUACAAAGAUGCUGGAUGCUAACUUGAUACUAACCAUCAGAUUGUACAGCUCGCUCAUUGCUGUAAAUAUGAUAGUUUUGUUGUUUUUUCCAUCCUCAUACUACUGAAUAAACAGAUAGUUCUGCGUGCA